AUGAUGACUAUCCUGAUAAAACCGGGACAGCGCGAAAAGUGUGACUUUACAUGCUUUAGACUGUUCAUAUUAGGGGGCAGUGCUGUACCGCAAAAAUUAAUUGAUGAUAUAAAGAUAGUAGCACCAUUCGCAGAUGUUUACAUAGUGUAUGGAAUGACCGAAACAGGAACAAUUGUUUUGGACCCAGUUAGCUUUAUUCCAGGGUGCACUGGACGGCCAUUGGGGCACACAGAUUACCGCUUGGUUGAUCCAGGAACGGGAAAAGACAUUUUGGAAUCCCACAAAACAGGCGAACUUUGGUUAAAAGGACCAAUAACUUUUAAGGGUUACUAUAAUAAUCCUGAAAUGACAGCUGAGAUAUUCACAGAAGACAGAUGGUUGAAGACAGGUGAUAUUUUCUACAGGGACGAGAAUUGGAACUUCUUCUUUGUCGAUCGCAUGAAACUGAUUCUUACAUAUCGAAGCCACAAUAUAUCACCUACAGAAAUUGAAGAAGUUAUACGGACACACCCUGGCGUUUACGACGUUGCUGUGACCGGCAUUCCAGACGAAGAGUGUAGUGAGCUGCCAGUAGCGUGUGUAGUACCGGAAGACAAUCAUACGCUGUCUGCUCAAGAGAUUAAAGAUUUAGUUAAAAGUAAACUACAUUAUUCUCUUUAG